GACCCCCCGGAGGAGCUGGAGCGCAAGGUGCGGCAGCUGGCGCUGCUGGUGUCGCGGGCCUCCCACGUGGUGUUCCACACGGGCGCGGGCAUCAGCACGGGCGCCGGCAUCCCUGACUUCAGGGGCCCCCGCGGCGUCUGGACCAUGGAGGAGCGCGGCCUGACCCCCCAGUUCGACACCACCUUUGAGAGCGCGCGGCCCACGAAGACGCACAUGGCGCUGGUGCAGCUGGAGCGGGUGGGCCUCCUCCGCUUCCUGGUCAGUCAGAACGUGGACGGGCUGCACGUGCGCUCCGGCUUCCCCAGGGACAAGCUGGCUGAGCUGCACGGGAACAUGUUUGUAGAAGAGUGUGUCAAGUGCAGGACGCAGUAUGUCCGGGACACCGUGGUGGGCACCAUGGGCCUCAAGGCCACCGGCCGGCUCUGCACCAUGGCCAAGGCAAGAGGGCUGCGGGCCUGCAGGGGGGAGCUGAGAGACACCAUCCUGGACUGGGAAGAUGCCCUGCCCGACCGGGACCUGGCUCGAGCCGACGAGGCCAGCAGGACCGCCGACCUGUCCAUCACCCUGGGCACCUCCCUGCAAAUCCGGCCCAGUGGGAACCUGCCACUGGCCACCAAGCGCCGGGGAGGCCGGCUGGUCAUCGUGAACCUCCAGCCCACCAAGCACGACCGCCAUGCUGACCUGCGCAUCCACGGCUACGUAGACCAGGUCAUGACCCGACUCAUGAAGCACCUGGGGCUGGAGAUCCCCGCCUGGGAUGGGCCCCGCGUGCUGGACCGGGCCCUGCCACCCCUGCCGCGCCCUCUGGCUCCCAAGCUGGAGCCCAAGGAGGAGCCCCCUAGCGACCCCGGGCAGGAGCCCAGUGUGGAGCCCCGGGCCCAGCACAAUGGCUGCAAGCCCCCCAGCCCCAAGAGGGAGCCGCCAGACAGCCCUGCCCCCCGCCAGCCUCCCAAGAGGGUGAAGGCCGAGGCGGCACCCAGCUGACCAGGCGCUGGGCCGGGCUCUCACGGAAACCAUGGACUCCUCUUUCUUACGGUCUCACUGUUACUUGUCCCUGUCCCCGGGGAUCUCAGGGAGCUGAGAGCAGGACUCCAGGCCCAGGGUGGUGGGCCUCCACUGUGUGGUUGGCUCUUGGGCCUCUGGGGAGCCCAGGAAGAGCCCGGCCCGCAGUGCCACCCAGGCCUGCUGCCCGCCACGGCCAGCCUCCGACUCAGGACUUCUGGGAGCGGGUGGCAGACGCCCUCCUCCCCAGUUUCCAGCCUAAGGGGGAGCGCCCUGGGCCCUGGGCUCCUCUGGGGACUCCGCACACUCCCUCCCCAUCAGCUCUUGAUCUGCCUCCCAAGGCCACCUUCAGGGACCCCCACGGGGAGCCGGACCCCCCCCCCAGCUGAGGGCAGGGCUGCGGGGAGAGGGUCCCGGGCCUCCCCAAGUCUUCAACGCAAUAAAGACAGACUCCUUGCA